UUCGUAGUAGGCGCACUAUACGCAUGUGGAUCAGCUCUUGGAACCACAGGAUACAUAUGGGCAUUCCGAGAACAAUGGCAAGUCGCAGGGAAGGUCUUCGCCGAGACCUGGAUACUCCUGUGGCUCAUGAUGCACAUAUACUAUCUCAUGUGGGACACCGCCACCGCAUUUCUGCCCAUAGGCGCUAUGCCGUUCAUCAUUGUUACGUUCCUCUUCCUGAGCAUUACGAGCGCCAAUGGCCCCUUCGAAGUGACCCCGGGAUUCUAUCGUUGGAGCCAAAGUCUGCCUGCAUUCGAAACUCUGCAGAUGCUU